CCUGAUAUUACAGACCGCUUCUUCAAACCAGAUGCUCAGGAACCUAAACCAAAGGCUAAACUUAGUAGUAAAGACAAAGAAGAAGAGAAAGAACUCACAGUCUUUACACGAAGGGUGAAAAGAAAGAAAGAGGCAUUCACUCUCCUCAUGUCUGAGAUAGUUAUAAUGCUAGGAGACUUAAGGAUCUUAUAAUGGCCCUGCAAAAUGGAAUGGGACGUUGAUUUUUACAAACACUUUGCAUGGCUUAAGAAGAGAGAUGUGGUAAAGAUGUCUGUCCCCCUGGCUUUGGACCCUCUAUGGCCGAGGCACAGCAUAUACUCAUCUUGUAGGGGCUGCAGUUCGAGUUGACAGAGGAAUUGGAGAGAGAUCAAUGUUCAAGGCUCAGGCAAUGGUGAGAGCUACCAGGAGCGACUGUCUCGUCUAGAAGGAGAUAAAGAGUCUCUUGUGUUACAGGUGGGUGUGUUGACAGAUCAGGUGGAGGCUCAGGGAGAGAAGAUCAGACACCUGGAGAAUUCUCUUGGUGAAUAUCAGCACAAGCUCAACUCCACUGAGGAGAUGCUUCAACAGGAGCUUCUGAACAGGAGUUCUCUAGAGUCACAGAAGCUGGGGUUGAUGGAGGAAGUGUCCUGUCUAAAACUGAAGCUGGGGAACAUGGAAGAGAAACACAUCAAGAGUGCUGAGAGACAACAUAAAGCUGAGAGUGUAGUGAAUCUGAUUAGCGAGCUUCAGGAGCAGAUGUGUAGGAUUCGACAGGAAAUCUCUAGUAAGAUCCAAGAGAAGCCAGCGGAGAUGGUCCCAGGGGAAAGUUGUGGCAGUGAGCCAGCACAUGCCUCUCUGACUGAGCCAAAGCCAGCGAACCUGCUUCAGGAGCUCAAGAUGCUCAAGCAUCGAAUUGAAGAGCUGGAGCAGGAGAAGAUGCAGUACGAGCAGAAGCUCAAGGUGACACAGGCAGAGAUCAUGAGUUUACAGCAACUGCUGAGCUGUAAGAACUCUGAGAUAGAGAGUCUACAGGCUCAGCUGCUCUCCAGAGCUCCAGUGUCUGUAGACAGCGCAGAAAGAGAGGAGAUAUACAGAAGGAGACUCAACACCAAACAUCAGGAGCUACAAAGGCUGAAGACAGGAAUGGAAUCACUUAUUGAAGCAAAUGAUGAAAAAGAUCGUCAAAUAGAAGAGCUCAGUCUCCUCCUCAGCAAGUUCAGACAAAUGAAUUACAUCAUGACUUUAGUUCAAGACCCAGAAGACAAAUCAGCACAGAUAAACAGCGAAGAUGGAAAACAGAACGGGACUGUAAAGAUGAAGACUUUAACACAUAAAGCUCAUGCUGAGCUGACCUUUAGUAGCUCAUCUCCUCUGCUGCUUUCUUCAGUUUCUUCUCAGAAAGAUGCAAACCCCAGGUCCAUCGGUAUGGAAGACUCUGAAAACAGCUCAGCACAAAAGACUCGACCAGCUGAUAACAAACAUCCAACACACCCAACAGUGUUAAGUCACCCAGAGAAGGGAGAGAGUGAGGCGAGUGACACAUCUGACCAGAGGACACCAGAGAACAAGGAUGAAGACAUCAACCUUAGAAUUACAGAGAAAAUAAUGGACACGACCAAUUCUGACCUUUCUUCAGUGUCUUCUGGAGUUGACUCUGGCCAGCAGUCUCCUGUGUUACAAGAAAACGUCAAAAAUAGCAGCAUACGCAAACUUUGGGGAAAGAUGAAGAGGACAGGUGUGCUGUCAGAUGACAUUGAGCCCACUCAGUUCAAGAGAGGAGGGUUCAGGGCCACUGCUGGGCCUCGGCUAACACGGACUCCUGAUUCUGGAAGCGCAUCCCGUGCAUACACACCUUUCUCUAUGUGGACGACGGAACAGGUGUGUGGUUGGCUGGAGGACACUGGUAUGGGGCAGUAUGUCAGUUUGGCACGUCAGUGGGUGGAUAGCGGACAAACACUCCUCUCUGCCACCCCGCAGGAGCUUGAGAAGGAGAUUUGUAUUAAACAUCCUCUGCACAGAAAAAAGCUGCAAUUGGCUCUCAGAGCUUUUAGUAACAAGACAAUGGAGAAAUCUUCAGAACUGGAUCACAUCUGGGUUACGCGUUGGCUUGAUGAUGUUGGUUUACCACAGUACAAAGAUCAGUUCUAUGAAAGCAAGGUUGAUGGCCGCAUGCUACAGUACCUAACAGUGAACGAUCUCUUGUUCUUGAAAGUCACCAGUCAGCUCCAUCAUCUGAGCAUUAAAUGUGCCAUCCAUGUCCUCCACGUUAACAAGUUUAACCCAAACUGCUUGAGACGCAGGCCAGGGGAUGAAAAUAAGACAUCUCCAUCUGAGGUGGUGCAGUGGUCCAACCAUCGUGUGAUGGAGUGGUUGAGGUCGGUGGAUUUGGCUGAAUAUGCUCCAAACCUUAGAGGCAGUGGCGUUCAUGGAGGCCUAAUUAUCCUGGAGCCUCGCUUUCAGUCAGAGACCUUGGCCAUGCUGCUCAACAUCCCUCCACAGAAGACCCUCCUCAGACGCCACCUCGCCACUAACUUUAACUCACUGGUGGGGCCUCAGGCCCAGCAGGAGAAACAGGAGUUUGCCAAUGCCAGUGGACAUGCACCACUAACCACCACUGCCAAAGUCAGGCCAAAGAAGCUUGGUUUUACUCAUUUCCGACAACUAAGAAAGCUCAGAGUGGAUGAAUCAGCAGAUUAUAUCUGCCCCAUGGAUACAGGGACCCCACCAGCUCUGACUGGGACACCACAGGGGACUUAUGGAAGCUUCAGGGGCAUUAGCCCCAACCUGGCCAGAGACUCAGACAGACUGGAGAAUGCUGGGUCUAAGAACUGAUUCAUUGCUUCUUCAAUUUAGCCAUUCUUAGCCAAACAAUGUAGUGCUUACUGCCAGAAACACCAUAAAGUGCCAGCACUGCAGUAACUCCACCCUGCUGCCUGAAGAACUUCAGCAUUAACACCAUCAAUCAGAAGAACCCCAGAACUGAUUCUUCAUCAUGUGCAUCAUGUAAAUGCUGGAAAUGACUGACCAUGGGCUAUUAACAUUGAAAAUUAUUAUUAUUAGUAGUAGUAGUAUUGUUGUCUGUCUGUCUUAGGUAGUUCCAAUGCUGAAAUUUCACCUUGACAAGGUGAUUUGAGUUUCCUGAUUUUAUUACUUUUAAUGAAUAAUUUAUACCUAUCCCUGGCAGGGGAAAGGGGUUUUGAAAUUACCAAUAAACUGUUUCUUUACUUUUC